UAACUUAUUCUAUAUGAGUGAAUAGUUGAAGUAUAAGGUAUCCAGUUUCGUGAGAAGAAAGUCAUCAUUCAUCUUUACAGUUGGUAAAGAAACUUUGCUUCUGGCACACAUCGGUAAGCAAUUUCGACAAUGUAAGGUCAAAAAUCCAGCAUCUACACUCACAAGACAUAACAUUCGGAUAUUGAUUGGAAUAUCCCGAAAUGCAUCGUCGAAGGGGGUCAGCGCCGGCAGUAUGCCUCGCACAACAACUUCAACAAUUUAAUGAAAUGAAAUCAGCCUUAAAAGAACCAAGGCUGGAAUCUUCACCAGAAUCUACAAAAGAAUUCAAAACUUCUUCUCGAAAAGAAUUCGAGCGAAGCUUGAUUCCCCGACUAUCCUUAACAACAGACUCUAUUCCAGAAGUAAAGUCUCUAUCACCUCUCUCCCCAAAUGCAGCGAGUCGAAAACCCAUACGCGCCUCGCGCCACAAACGGCGAGAAAGCGAACCUAUGGUAACGGUAGGGAAAGACUUUCUAACCUCGUCUAGGUUGUUGAAUAAUUCCACAAGUACGCUCCCAAACAGGAGGUUUCCACUGAGAGACUAUAGCCUGGUUUUACUCGGCCAAGCAGGAGUUGGGAAAUCUGCACUGCUGGUCCGUUUCUGCACGGGCCGGUUUAUUCAUGAGUACGACCCGACACUUGAAAUGACGUAUGACGUAUCUGCGACUAUAGACGAGGAUCCGGCCACACUACACAUCACCGACACCGCUAGCACGUAUGAGCCUGUCUACUUAAGCCAAAACGAAGGCUUCAUCGUGGUCUACUCCAUCAACGAGCUCAGAACAUUUGAGACCGCCAAACAGCUCGUUAAACUCAUACGCGAGAUCAAGAAACAAAAGGCUCUCACCACCCUCAUAGUCCUCGCGGGAAACAAGUGUGACCUCAAACACUGUCGCGCAGUCUCAAGGCAGGAAGCCCGCGAGUUUGCGGCAGAGCACGAAUGCGUGUUCCACGAAACUUCAGCGGCGAAUAAUAUAAAUACUAAAGUGAUCUUCCAUGACUGCGUACGACAGAUACGAUCAACGCACUUAAUGAACAAGAGAGCAAACGGCGCUAUGAACUCGAUCAAGCACUUCUUCUCUAAGAUGAAUUGAACAGGGACGGUAGCGAAUGAGAUUUACUAUUUGGGAGCCUGGACGUCGCAAAGGUGCGGAGUCUCGUCGCAAUGAUACCGGUAUUUUCGGGGUUUCGUCGCAAUGAUGCGAGCAUUCUCGGGGUCUUGUCGCAAUGAUACGUACAUCCUCCGGGUAUCUUCGGAGGGUCGUCGUAAUGAUUGUUAUCUUCGUCGUCCGAUGCAGUCGUUUUCUAAAAUAUGCCUUGUAACAUUUGUUUUAUAUCCAUUUGGUUCAACCAUGGUUAAUGGGGCGGAAGGUUGUUUUGUUUACUCCCUCCCUCUGACUCGUUGACGCACCAAACUUCUUUGAUACGUGAAAUGACUUCGAGGAUAGCCGUUAUCACGAAAUAAAGCAGACUAUUUCAAAAUAGAAUGUUACUAUCAGCAAGAGACUAUUUUUACCCAGAAAAUAAAAGAUAACACAGAAA